AUGAAGCUCCUCUCUUUUCUCGUUUCAAUUGUGAUUUUCUCAGUAGUGGUACGUUUGAUUUUGAUUCUUUUAAAACACAUAUUCUUUUUAUCCAGGUUAAUUCCCACAACUCCGGUUGGUCCGAAUGGGCAGAUAAGCCCGGAGCAAGGUGCAACGACACCUGCGGCGCUUGCGGAAGCAUCAGACAAGUCAGAACCUGCUUAGGCGGCAACUCCAAGCACUGCCAGUGAGUUCCUUGAUAGAACUAGACCAGUAACUUCCGAAAAAAAUUUCAGAGGCACACGGGAGCGAUUGGCCCGUUGCAAUUUCGACUACUGUCUCUAUCCUCGCCAAACUUGCUGUGCCGGGUCAGAGAAAGCCAUCGUCACUCGCAAGUUCCAGUGUCGUCCUUGUGAUGACUGA